AUGGCGCUCGAUCGCAAUUCGAAUUUCCCUCUGGAAAUCUCCCUGUGCUCAGGUCGCGGCGUCCCGUCGCGCUCGCUCUCUCUUAGGUACCUUACCUCAGCUCAUGACCACCUGGGCUGCCUGACUGCCACUUUUGAUCGUCCCCCUCGUGGCUUUCCCGGCAAAGUAACUCUGUGUGCGUCACGCCAAUCUUUUCCCCUUCCUUCUUCCUUUUCCCACACCUCGUUGCAAAUCCUCCUCUCGUUUUGCUGCUCUUCUGACCUUUUGGUCAAGGGAAACAGAUCCUCACGUCUUCUUCAUCUCAUCUACGGCGGCCUCUUGUCACUCUCUUUCUUGACAACCUCCCGAGGUGCAUAUUCCUCCGACAACCCGGCAGACUGCGUCCUGUGCCGUUUCGCUCCUUUUUCGUUCCGUCUCAUCUCCUUGGCCAUUCCCGAGGCUCUCAAAAGUCAUUCCUUAAGCAAGCCAUACGAAUACCGGUACUCCGCCUCUCUCGCCGCCACUCUGGGAUUUAUUUAUCCUCAACACGUCUCACGAAAACGACCACCCCUCAGCUACAGCCUCCCUUCUACCUGGGAUAACCCGUCACCAAGCAAUAAGACCAAGACACCCAAUCUGUUGGCCACGGAUCGCCUAUUUUUCGGGGUCAUCCUUUUCAGUGCCAUUUUGAGACGAAAGCCUCUGGGCUUUUUGCUCGUUUGUCGCUACCAUUCGCUACAACGUCCCCUACCACCCGUUCACCAGCCCACCCACGCAAGGGGGCGAACGCUUUGCCCUCCCAUAGGCAGUGACGACAGAAGAAGACUUGCAUUCAUUUACCGGCAGUACAGCGGCACUACUCAUUUCGGUUCUUAUCCUCUGAGGCUCUCGAGGCUCGACUUUUUUGUUCACGCCUACCACUUACUUUCCUUUGCCAUCUUGACUUCAAGUGAGAUCGUUUUGUGCGAAUCCGGCCGCCCGUUACACCUGCACGACGACGUUCUCUUGUACCACGAAGCGGCUCGCCUUAUCCCCCAACGGUCCGCCGAUCACCGUUCAAGCCGAUUAAACGACGAAACAUCGAGCCCAUGA